AUAAGCAUAUCUCAUAUAAGGAUACACGUAGACAUCAGACAAUUCUAACAGCUGAUUUUCCUUUCUUUAUUCAUAAAAAUCAACAAGCAAGUAGACUUAAGUCAUGUUACUUUUUUAUCUCACAAGUUUGCAAAUGGCCAUUAACACCCAGGAUUGUAUUUUAGGUUUAGCAACUUAGUAAGAAAAAAUGUUUUUCGUAAAUUUUCUUCUGUAUCAAUAUACAGUAAAUAAGUAUAUAACUGAAAAUGCAAAUUAGGUUACAUUUUUAUCAAUUACACAUAAUAAAAGUUACAGCACGAUUUCAGUACACCAGAAAAUGCUCAUUUUCAACAUUUAACAUUAUUUAUCAUCUUUCUAUAGCUUAACACAUAAAUACAAGUAGCAUAUAAUUUUUGUAUAAGAUGUCUGUGGUCAAGAAACCAGGUUUUAAUCGAUACGAACCUCCCUCACCAUCUUUGCUAGGAGAUGAAUGGAUAGAAGAUACGUUUUUAGAUAACGUUGAUAAACUGCAUGAUGUGCUGCCACAACCCUUUAGACGAAUUGAUAAACUUGUUUGGGAGAUUUUUGAGCAGGCUUGGAUUUGUAUAGAACACAAUGAGAAACAAAGACAAUACAUUCAGUCAACAGAAGUGAAAUUAAACAAGGUGAUAUAUGAAGAGGAAUUACUUCUUCACGACCAAUUUAAGUGCUCUGUUGCUUGUGAUUGUUAUUUAUUUGUUGGUGUAAAGCAUCAGCUUAUUGUUUAUGAACUGCCAAAGCUAAAUAAGAUCACUGCUUAUAAUUAUGUUGAUGAUACAAAUAAAGAGGAAAACUUUGUGGAGGAUAUACAUGUUGUUACCAAUGCAGAUGAUAUAGUUGUUAUUGUGACAAAGGAUUAUCAAGGUCAAGUGAAGAUUUUCGGUUUGAAAGAAGACGCAAUAUUUUUGAUGCAGCAUAUUGAAGUGAGAGCUCAGCAAGAAAAGAUAUGUGCAAAAAUGAUUAAUUUGUCUGAAGACAACUCAUACCUUGCAAUCAGCUGGGAUGACUUUUCCAAGCAGUGGUUGGAUGUUUAUAAACUUCCAUAUGAAGAGUGGAUGAGUAACAUGGAUAAUAUGGAAACACCAACAGAAAGUCCUACUGCAGAUGUAGGUAACGAUGAUGAAAACAGAAAUAUGCAUGAAGAUUUGCAGGUAUCUGAGUCAGCAGUAAAGAGAUCAUUCACAAAGGUACAGCACGUGUUGCGAGUAAAUCCACCAUUGCUCAAACCUUGCUCGUCAACAAGUAUAUCUGCUAUCUUAAAGAAUGUGGAUAUUGAUUCGAAUGUCAUUGGUUCUGGUUCACAUCAUUUGUUGACAUCAACUUUUUUUGAGCACAUUUGUUCGGAGUUUCAAUAUAAAUCACAAAUAAAAGAAGACAUUGAUAUUACAAAGAGAUCAAAUACCAUUGCAUCAGUGCAUUUCUUAAAAGGUCAAAUGACUAGCAGUUUAUUCCCAUCUAAAAAUUCACAAAAUGCAGAUUCAUCAUGCAACAGUAUUCUUGUCUGGUGGAAAGACAGCAAUCAGUUAUACAUGUAUCCGCUGAAAGCUUCUAAAGAUUUGGAGCAAGCGGCUUUCUCAAUACUUCCGAAUGCUCAUAAUAUCAAAUUAAGUUCUGUCAACUCUCAAACAGAUCUUAUUGCUGUUGCAUUGGUAAAUAAUUGUAUAUCUGUUUGGAAUCGUUAUGUAGGACAACCUUUAAAAGUGUUUAUGCCAGCCGAUAAUCAAGCAGUUACUAUGCUUUGCUUCUCCUCUGUAUAUCAUGGUAAUUUACAGAACAGACUUACAUACGCGACAAAGCAUGGAAAACUGGUGCAAAUGACAUGUGAACGAAAUGAUGUUACAAAUGUCCUUUGCCUUGAUGACAGAACUUCUUCAACAGGCGAAGGAGAUCAAGUUGUGGCUACUAGUCAAGGUCCUAUGAAUUUAAUGACAGUUAUUUGGAAGUCUGGUCAAGUUAUUAUCUACAACGAAGCUUCAUCACAAGCCUUGUGUCAACUUGAUUUAUUAAGUGAAAGCAAUCUUAAAAACGCUCCGCACCUUGCAAUCGUGUAUACCAAGGAAUAUAUACUUGCCAUUCGAGAUGAAAGUGAUAAAGAAAAGGCUUGUUCUCGCGUGUUCUUGUUUGAACCUGACGAAUAUCCAAUUCUGCAGCCUUUCUUUCACUUUCACUUUCUUGCUGAAGAUGAAGAAGAUGUGGAAAAAGUUGACAACUUGGAAAAGAAUUUUCUUCGCUUCCUAAGAAGAAGGAAAUUAUCCGAUGAAUCACUACAUGCAAGAAUCGCCACCCAAAAGCGAGAGUUAAUGAUGGCAAGAUGAAUGGUUUUCCUUGUGGACACGUAUUCCCAUUUUUUUUUUUUUUGGUUUUAACACAAAUGACUAUUUUUUCAGAAAGAAGAAAGAACAUUAUCCUUAUUGCGUUGCAAGCAAAAAACUAUAGAACGUCCCAGUUAUCACUAUUUUUCAGAAUUAUUAUCAACAAAGUCUGUCAUUUCCAGCAGUGCUAAUUUAUGCCGUUUAAAACACUCUCCUUAAUAUACACUCUUCCGUUAAAUAUUUUAAACACUGACUUUCCUGUUGUUACUGGUAAAGUAAAAACUAUCCUUAGUAAAUUAGAAACACACCAACGGCUCCCCUUUCCCACCCGUUCCCCUUCUUCCCCACCCGAUCCCCUUCUUCCCCACCCUUCCCCUUCUUCCCUACCCUUAUCUCUCCUUCCCCACCCCUUACCUCUCCUUCCACACCCUUUACCCCUCCUUCCCAUUCCUUACCCCUCCUUACCCACCCCUUACCCCUCCUUCCACACCCUUUACCCCUCCUUCCCAUCCCUUACCCACCCCUUACCCACUCCUUGCCUCUCCUCCAUUCCCUUCCCUCCUCCUCCUUCCUCCAGACGGCAUUAAUUCUGGUUUUAGUUUUUAUCGUAUUUCAAGAUCCUGGAAGAAAAAUACACAUUGCUAGGGAUGAAAAAAAGUAAGUAAAUUAAGCGAAUGUCUCUCACAGAAUAAAAGCUGCUUAGCCAAUUCUUUCCUUGUAAAUUUCUAAUGAGUGUACUUUCACAUCUUUUAUGUCAGCCUUGGCUUUCAAAGCUUUUAACUUUCCUAAUAACACUUUCAUCCAAAAAGUUCCCCUUUAACGUCAGAAAUGUGUUGUAUAUGAAAAAUACUGUUACAAAAAUAGUUUCAAAAUUUUAACUUUCGCAGAUUAAAAAGAACAUUUCAUAAAAAAGACUUUCGAAUUGAAAAAAAAAGUGAAAAACGUGAAAAACAUAAAAAAAUAUUUUUUGUUUCUUUUAUUAAGUACCAACUCUUAACAACUCUAUUGAUUUCAAAAAUGUUGUCCACUGGAAAAAUUCUUCUUGCUUUUUCUUUCUUUUGCAGUAGCAUCCGUAUUUUCUUUUGAAUGUUUUCUAAAUAGCUAAUUUACUAAAAUGUACGAAUGGGCUCUUGACCCAACAACUCGUUUAAGUUACCAUUGAUGUGGCCCGCUAAUUUCUCUUUAUGAAACCUUUCAUAGAAGUGUCAAAUGACUUGUUUAAUUGUUUUGCAUUGUGUUGCUAGUUAUAAACAAAAAAGUGAUUUUUUAGUAUGUAAGUAAUAUUUAUUUUCUUGUCGAUUUUAUAUUUUUAUGUAUAUAUGAAUAUUCUCAAUAACAAAUGUUAAUUAAUGUUAAUAUAUAUUACAUAGAAUACUUCUCUUUUUCUUUUCUUUUUUAUUUUGUUUACGCUGCUUGUUUGUUCACAGUAAGUACGAUUUGGCCACGAUUAUAGGAGUAUUUCUACCAUGAUUGUGUUAAAAUUAUUGAACAAACACUAUUGUUCUGUUGAAGUGUGCCGGUAAAGCAGAGCUAUGAAAUAAACAGGAUCAGGUGGAUGGAUUCCAUUUUUCAACCUCGACCAUUAACUUUCACGAAUAUGGGCUGGCAUUUAGAUUAGAUCAGUUAUAACAAGUACUUCGAGUAUUCAGAGUGACUACGAGACGCCGAGUGACUACAGAAGACUACGGGCGAGUAUUAGUUAAAUUACAGAAUGAUAAUCAGUUCCUGUAAGUCUUUGUUAUGGUGUUAUGCUAAACAUCUAGCAUGAUUAUUUGAAGACUUCCUUAUCUCACAAUUAUUAACACUUGUCUGUUAUGGUCAAGCAUUUUGGUAAAAGGAUAAGAGGCAAGAAUUCUGAUGGGCAUUUACUUUAUAACGCCAACGCACUAUCAUAACUUGAAAGAAAUUACUAGAAAAAUCCGUGUUUUGAUGGGAAUGUAUGUGUCUCAAAUGAUCUUGGUCAGAAAUUUGUAUAGAAUAAACUUGCUCUGCUAUCAGCAACAAGUGGAUUGAUUAUCUUAUUACAAUAACAUUUUUGUAGUUUUGAAAAAAAAUUAUUUAGAUAUUCCUGGAGUUGUGUUGAGGCAAGCUCUUUUCCCAUGAGCAAAGAAUGUUGAUUCAUGGUUUUGUUUUUCUAAUCCCGAGAAUUAUCGGGCAAAAAAUACGAUGGCUUACGAAUGUUGAGGUGAAACACAUGAUUCAAUUUCCGCGCGCUCUGCGAGGGGAAAUUGUUUGAUUUCCAAAUACUAUCCGUCUAGCAUUUCUUGCAACUCUCGAUAAAACAAAGACUUAUCCUAAUCAAUCAACUUUUAUUUUUCAACAAAUAAUUUUGUUUUAUAACCUGGUGUCCAGAUCAUGCAGCAACAUUUAAUUUUGUUUACAACUUCGUGCGCAGGUUUAUUUUAGAUGUUUAUGAUAGCGUAAGGGACAGCGAUAUAUAUUUUUUAUCGCGUCAGAGGUUUUUAUUUAUUCUUUUUAUAAGUUGUAAUCAAAGCAAGGCUAAAUUUCACUUCAAACAAAUUUAGUUAAAAAACAUUUUCAUAGAUUAUUCUGAUAAACAUCUCAUGACGUUUUCUUUCUUGUGAUAUGUUAUAUUCUCUUUAUUGCGAAAACGGUUAAAGUACCUGGGUUUCUUGUUACCUAUUGGAAUAGAUAUUGACAAAGCUGAUAACAUUUUCUGUACAUUCAUUUUAAUUUCCCUUUUUAGGUAUUUUGUUUUAUUUCUCCCAUAUGUUUUCUGGUAUUAUUUGUAGUCUUAUUCGUAGUCACUCGUACUCCUAAUCGUAGUCACUCGUCCUUCUAUUCUAGUCACCCGGAGCCUGUUCGUAGUCACUCGUCCUUCUAUUCUAGUCACUCGGAGCCUGUUCGUAGUCACUCGUACUUCUAUUCGUAGUCACUUGUACUCCUAAUCGUAGUCACUCGUCCUUCUAUUCUAGUCACUCGGAGCCUGUUCGUAGUCACUCGUACUCCUAUUCGUAGUCACUUGGAGCCUGUUCGCAGUCACUCAUACUCCUAACCGUAGUCACUCAUACUCCUAUUCGUAGUCACUCAUACUCCUAUUCGUAGUCACUCAUACUCCUAUUCGUAGUCACUCAUACUCCUAUCCGUAGUCACUUGUACUCUUAUUCGCAGUCACUCAUACUCCUAUUCGUAGUCACUCGUACUCCUAUUCGUAGUCACUCGUACUCCUAUUCGUAGUCACUCGUACUCCUAUUCGUAGUCACUCGGAGCCUGUUCGUAGUCACUCAUACUCCUAUUCGUAGUCACUUGUACUCCUAUCCGUAGUCACUCGUACUCCUAUUCGUCUGUGUUAAUAAUUUAACUUUUAAAUUAUCAGCUUCUGAAUAUUAAAUGUUUCAUCUGCUUCUUCUCGCGAAUAACAAUACGUUAAUUCAUUUCAAUCUAUUCCUUAUUAUCUAUGCUUAAAUUCAAUUCAAAUUAUUUUUAAUGAGCAAAGCUUAAGAGAAAUCAAUUUUAUGCAUACAUGUAAUAAUGUUAUCGAAGUUACAGACGUUGUUGCGUUUUGCAGCUAGUUAAAUUUUUAUUUUUUUAUUUAUAUAUUUUGCUAAUAUACAAGAUUACAAAUGCGUGUGCUGUUUGCUAGGUAUUUAGACAUUGCUUGGUCAUUAUCGAUGCUUUUUCUCUUUAAGAAUAUGAAAACUUGAUAGUGCACUAUGUCGCAUUUAAAAUGUUGUUUGCGCGUAUAAUUUUUGUUAUCAACCCAUCUGUUAAUUCUCUGCGUGUCAAACAAAUCUGGAAAUAAUCACAUCUCCUGUGACCACUGCUUUACUGGGGUAAUUUUAAAGAUGGUUGGAACAAUGUUUUAUUAAUUUUCUUAUAUUAAUUGAAUUUCCGCGCCCGAAGGCGUAGGAAAUUCUUUAAAACCGUCGUUUUUUUCUUUCGGAGCAUUUUUUGAGAAAAAAUCGACCCUGGGAUUUCACGUUGGUCCUUCACAGAUGUAAACUUCGUACCCAAGCUCCUUAACUACUGGGAAGUCUAGUAUUGACGCUUCAGGCCAAAAUUGGUAUUUGUUUUCGACAAAAUUUGGCACAGUUAACAAAAAAAGUAUGCUGAACAUAAUGGUGACAUAAUAAUUUUGAUUUUUGUCACCUAAAUGUCAUUUUAGGCCAAAAUUGGUCCAAAAAUUAGAACUACUUUAUUUUCAACAAAAUUUGGAACAGUUAACAAAUAAAGUAUGCUGAACAUGAUGGUGACAUCAAAAUUUUGAUUUCUUCUUACCUAAAUGUCAUUUCAGCCCAAAAUUGGUCCAAAAAUUAAAACUACUUUAUUUUUAACAAAAUUUGGCACAGUAAACAAAUAAAGUAUGCUGAACAUGAUGGUAACAUCAAAAUUUUGAUUUCUUGUUACCUAAAUGUCAUUUUAGGCCAAAAUUGGUCCAAAAAUUAAAACUACCUUAUUUUUGACAAAUUUUGGCAUAAUUAACAAAAAAAGUAUGGUGAACAUGAUGGUGACAUCAAAAUUUUUGUUUUUUGCCACCUUAAAUGUCAUUUUAGGCCAAAAUUGGUCCAAAAAAAUUAAAACUACUUCAUUUUCGGCUAAAUCUGGCACAGUUAACAAAUAAAGUAUGCUGAAAAUGAUGAUGGUACAAAAGUUUGAUUUUUUGUCACCUAAAUGUCAUUUCAGGUCAAAAUUUAUCCAAAAAUUAAAACUGCUUUAUUUUUGACAAAAAUUGAGACAGUUAAUAAAAAAAGUAUGCUGAAAAUGAUGGUCACAUCAAAAUUUUGAUUUUUUGUCAACUAAUGCCGUUUAAGACCAUAAACGUUUCAAUCGCAAGACUUUCAACCAUGAAUGAUAGGCUGUAUUUUUUGUUAGCAAUUUCUUUUAAAAUGUGAGUUUAUUAUGACAAGUUUCGUUUUAUUUGCGUUUGUUGUAAGAUAUAAUGUCACUGGUGUGCUUUAUCUUCAGAGGUUCAUGCACCAAACCCCUUCAAAUGUUUGGCACAAUAACACAACAAAUUAGCAGGUUUUCAUCAAAUAUUUUGGUAGCGCGCGGAAAUUCUUAGAGCCCCCAGGGCUUCUUGUUUUAUUUAUUAUAAGAUCCGUGUAAAGUUUUUGUUACUGCUUUAUAUGUAUGUGUGUUAAGCACUGAAGCUACCACUUCUUAGAUGAGAUAUUAAGGUAUUCAAAAUUGGUCGUAACGAGUUUUUAAUAAGUUUUACAAGAUUAAAAUAGAAACGAGUCACGAUACCUCUUGAAGUUUAAGUUUAAGAUUUCUAAUUUUACGAAUAGGAAAUGAGUCUGGAACCUCUGUUGAAUUUCGAGUUAGAUUUACUUGGUCGUAACGAGUUUUAAUGUAUUUUACUACAUCGAAAUAGGAAUUGUGUCUGGAAUCUCUCUUGAGUUUCGAGUUAAGUUAACUUGGUCGCAACGAGUUUUAAUGAAUUUUACUACAUCGAAAUAGGAAUCGCGUCAGGAAUCUCUCUUGAGUUUCGAGUUAAGUUUACUUGGUCGCAACGAGUUUAAUGAAUUUUACGAGUCUGGAAUGUCUCUUGAAGUUGAGUUAAUUUUUGUUUUGGUUUUAUUUUCGCAGCAAGAUGAAAGAUUUACAUGUGAAAAGCGUACUAAUAUUUGUAACACUCUCCGUGCUGAUCUAUAUGAGUUAUCAAUGGAUUGUGUACUCACAUUUUCCAACAAACAAAAAGAUAGCAAUACUUGCUUUUGGUGACAGUUUAACUGAAGGUAAUACACGAUAUCAAAACAGACGAGCCCGGUUUCCAUAUACGUUACAACUGAAGAAACGAAUCAGUAAAGACUUUCCUAAUAUGGAAGUUACUAUUGUCAAUCGUGGAAUAGCUGGAGAUAAAGCUGCAAACAUGGCUGAUCGUUUAAAGAAAGCUUUAAAGGAAAGAAAAUUUGAUAUAGCAGUUAUAUUGGCCGGUACUAAUGAUUAUAUACAAAUGGUUCGAGAUAACCAAGACACAUGGGCGAGACAAGACUUGAAGGUGGCAAUAUCAGCGACAUUCAGUGCCCAAAAGUUAUUACGAAUAAAUAGAACCAGUAAUGUUAUUAUGAGAGAUGUUUUAUUGUUGCAUAAACACUGCCACUAUAAUAACGUUAAAACUGUUGCCAUGACCAUACCAGAAAUAGACUUCGAGCAAAACAAAGACUUGAGGGUAUAUUUUAAUCAUCGAAAUAAAAUAAAUGAAAAACUUAAGUUUUACGCUCAACGUUUUAGCAAGCAAACCAUUUUUGUUGACUUGGCAAAUGAGAUGCCUUUGUUAAAUUUAACACCAGAGAAAAGAAAAAAGUACUGGGCUGACGGUCUGCAUUUUACUCGGAAAGGUUACGGUAAAGUGGCGGAUAUUAUAUACAAGAAGAUCAAAAAUACAAUCAAAGAAAUUUCAUAUGCGAAACGUUAACUGCCUUCAAUAUUAACAGAGUGUCUACCACAAGUUACAAAUUUUGAAAUCAGAUAAGGUGUUCUUGAGGCGGUGAUACACGAUCCGAAUAAUCGAAUUCGAUUAGUCGAAUUCGAUUUUUAAAAAGAAGACUUUUUCGAUUAAUCGAAAGGUUUUUAGCCAAUCAAAAUCCUUAAAGUCUGGACAUCAAAUGCGCGUUUAAAAAAUGUGAGUUUCUAUAUAAAAAAUAAACAUUAGUAGAGGAACUCUAAAAACAUAAUGUCGUCAAAAAAGGAUAAAACAGAAAUUUCCAAGAUUUUUAUCAGUAAAUGAAGCUUAUUAGAAAAGUAACAAAUAACACACUUCGUUUCUAACGUUUUCUUAAAUAUUUAGUUGUUUUAAUAACUGUAACAGCAGCAAAUUUAACUCUGUCUUCGCUCUCUGAAGACAUUUUAUCGAAAGGAAAUUUUCAAAAAUCUGUCCAGUUUUUAAAAUGUUUAAUAUAUUUUGAUAAAUCGAAUUCGAUUAAUGUGAUCGUGUAUCACCGCCUAGGAAGACUUUUCAAAUCACGUUCUAAAAAACCGUAUUAUUCCACUUAAUAUUUGUUAUUAGCUUUUAACAGACCAAGUUUAACAAUGACAUUUUUAGGUAUUUUUUUUACAUCACAUUCGUUAUAUACCCAGGUAUUUCCUUUACGUCCGUGUGAUACGGGAACUAGAAAUAUUGCAAAAAUUAUAGUAAAAAGUAAAAAGACAUUGAAUAACUUACAAGAAAUGUCAAAAAACAAAACAAAAAAUUUUUACAAAAGUGACAGGAGCCCUGAUUAAUAACACGACGUACAUAACACGCGAUUGGCACCGGUUAAAUAAAUCGCUAUUUAUAUUUAUUUUUAUAACUGAUGUAAUUUUCUAUUUAUUAACUGCACGUAAUAUUUUUUUACGAA